CACAGCUCUAUAUUUUGUACAGCCGGCGAACAACAGCAGAUAGCAUACGAAAAAUUUGGCGCUAAAUCAGUAAUUCCAACUGGCCAUACUCAGACAACUCCUGGGACAAUUGCGCCCGUUUUGUGCGCCCGACUCUUCACGGGUCUCGCAACCUUGAACUUGGGCAGUGGGCGACAGGAUCAGGGAACAUGGAGGGCCUUAUUCCGCGAGACAAGCACUCCAGGUGGAGAGAUGUCGUUUUAGACUCUAAAGCGCCUACAGACAAUAAAGAGCCUUGCGAAAUCUUUCAAAGUGUUUUCUUUCCGAUCAAUGCCAAGGAGAACAACUCUACAAGAUUGACUUAUGACAGAAGCCUACAAAACGAAUCAACUCGAUCCUUUGGCGACGCGAUUGAUGCUAGCAGAGGAAUGAUGGCCAUGAGUCAAAAUGCCACUCCACGAAACAUCUAUGGCCCUCAAGGACGUGUUGAAGGGGGGCCGGGUGAUUCCUAUGGCUUCCCAAUAACACGUUCAGCUGACUCCUUGACAUCACCAACAAGCAACUAUCUGUCUUAUUCUGGUGGUUCUAUAAACUCUUCCGUGAGCGAUUAUUCGAACGCCGGUUCGGAUAUCGAGUCAGUCUUGUCGCGAACCGUACCGUCAGGACUGCUCCAUGGAGGCAUUAUUCCAGCGCCACAUUCGAUGCUGGGCAAAUUUAGCACAAAAAGCUCGUCACAGCCACAGGGGAAGCAUCAGUGCAAAAUAUGUGAUAAACAAUUCACACGUUCUAAUGCUUUGCAAACGCAUAUGUAUACUCAUACUGGAGAGAAGCCGUUUUCGUGUGGGGUCCAAGGUUGCGGGAGGCGCUUUUCCGUUAUAUCGAACUUGCGCAGACAUCGCAAAGUACACAAAGGCGACAAUGAGGAAGCUGAUGACGCCGGUAUGGGCUAUCAACUACCAAAAGAUUUUACCUGUUACAAAGCCGGCAAUUCAGUCACCCAAGAGCCCCAGAUCUUGCAUACAUCAGGAUUAUCAUUGUCAGGCCAGAGUUUGUCCUCCAAAUCAAAGGAAAUAACUUCCGCCAUCUCGAAGGCGAGCAUGUCGUCUUUAACUUCCACCGUUGACAAAAAGGUGGAGCCAGCAAAGAUCAGGUUAACGCCCAAUCCGGACCGUGUGGCUCGAACCUUGACAGAUCCAAUCCCCAAGCUAGACUCUUUUGAGAAAAACGAGACUAGCAUGAAUCCAUCGAAACAGGGUUCAGUGGAGGUUGAAAGAGAUGGCACACUUGUAAAGAAAGAACUUUCAAUGCCAGCCGAAGGACCUGGCAUAAGUGGAACAAAUGGGAGCGAUCAAAGCUUGUUGUUCUCUUCGCCAUUACCAUUUGCCAUUUGCUCUAGCGGCGACUUCAAUGUUGUCAACGGAGAAGCAGAUCGAUACCCAACAGUUGCAGAGUCUUGUUGCAGCGAGUUUGGUAAUACUGAAAGUAGCAAUAGUAUCUACGAAGAGCUUUGCGAUUUGACAGAAGAAGAUGCCAAUGGCCAUCAAGAAGUCGUGGGAUCUACUCUGGACCCGAUCAGGCAAGCGUUGGUGGACCGAGUAAUGGAAGAAUUCUGGAUAAUUUUCAACCAUAACUGGGACGUUGGCUUCCGAGAAUGUGCUGGAGCAUCUUCUACCUCCUCGAGCGUUCCGAAUGGCUCUGGCAAUUUGACAUCUGAAUCUUCCUUACCACUCGGCUCAAGGAAGAGGCAAAGAGAGGAUGACGAUCUGCCAAACGACAAAAAUGGCAGAGAUUAUCGUGGUCCAGGGGGUUCUAUUGCGCCAAGCAGCAGACCCGAAGAGAGCACCCGAUUCGCAUGCCCUUUUAGGAAGCAUAAUACACAAGUUUACAGUGUCUAUAGUCAUCCCAUAUGUGCCCUCUCCCACUGGGAGACGAUUAGCCGAGUCAAGGAACAUCUGUAUCGGGGCCAUCGAAUGGCUGUCCAUUGCAAAAGAUGCUGGCGAAUAUUCAAGAACCAAGAACAACUGGAUUCCCACCUCACAGUUGCUACUUCAAAUAUUUGUGACCUCCAACUUGGACAUCCACCGGCAGGCAUAACUCCCGAGCAGGAAAAGCGUUUACGGAGCAGAAAAAAGACAUCCCCAAAUCAGAGUGAAGCGGAUAGAUGGAAAGAUAUUUACAAACUGCUGUUUCCGAAUGAAGAGAUCCCUUCGCCUUACUUUGAACCCCUCCAGGAAGAAGCAGCUAUGUCACCCGACUCGCGAGACAUAGCAAAUUACGAGGACUAUAUCCGCCGUGAACUCCCUCGUCUACUCAGGUCAAAUAUCGAAGAGGCUGUUCGCAGGGAGAUGCAACCCUUGGAAGCAUCCUUGAUAAGCAAUCUCGUCGAAAUAGUCCAAGACUGCCAGGACAGAGUGUUCAGAUCGUAUCGCGAGACGCGGGGCGUUAGCGGUGAGCUCCAGAUGCCGCCAAGCAUAGACGCCGAAGCAACAGUCUCCUCGACACCGCCAGAAAACAUAGGUGGAUCGAACUCGAUGUCCCUGGACCGGGCUUCCCAUCCACAAUCUAACUUUAUUGAUACGAUAUUUGAACCACCACCCCACAGCUCUGAAUCAAUAUCGACUACCCUCGCGGAACGUGAUUCUCGAGGCAAUAUGCAGAUACAAUCAAAUGAUGUGUUUCUCUCGGAUUCUGGAUAUUCCAGUGAACAGCUACAGCUUUGCGGACGCCUCGGUCCUUGCAAUUGUGGCACCUGCUAUGUUCGAGAUCCGGAGGACAGUGGAAUGCAGGAAGUAGGUAAUGGCAAUUUGCGGUGGGGUGAUUGGACUCCUUAUUUACAAUACGGUACAUAAACGCAGCGUGGCUGAUAGUUUGAACUUGUUCACAACAAAUUCCCUCUGGAGAUAGUGUAAUGGGAGUGCUGUUUGUGGAGAAGUCAGAUGCCGUUUCUGGAUGAUGUCAAAAACCGUUUGUGGACAGAAAUGGAUUCUGGAGUGGAGACCUACUUCGAUUCAUCUACCAAAUGCC